CCAAGAGCAACGCAGCGAGAGCCAUAAGAACCAGCAGCCAGUCAAAAUGCCCGCAGACAUUGUCAUCCUCGGCGGCGGCAUCAUCGGCGUCAGCACGGCGUACUACCUCGUCUCGCACCCGUCCAAACCGAGCGUCACAUUGAUCGAGAACACGUCCAUCGCGGCGGCAGCAAGCGGCAAGGCAGCCGGCUUCAUCGCGCGCGAGGCGGCGUGGCAUUACCCCGCGACCGAGGGCCUCGCGCGCCUGUCGUUCAAGGCGUUCCAAGAGCUUGCGAGCAAGUACAACGGCACGCGUGAUUUCGGCUGGCGCCAGUUCUCCGCCGCGACCGGCGUGCUGGUAGGCACGAAAGAGGACGGAAAGAUGAGCGAGUACCGAAACCUCCCCAACUCGCGCGCACUGGACGGCAGCGAGCGCCCCGCGUGGACGCACGGCAGGCGCGUCGACCUCAGCGGCAAGGGCGAGGGCAACAUGGGCCAGGUCCUGCCGCUCGAGUUCACCCGCAGACUCCACGCCGAGGCGACCCUCCUCGGGCUCAAGACCAUCAUCGGCACCCCGCUCGCGCGCAACGCCGCGUCGCAGACCAUCAUCACCGACGUCGGGUCGUACCACUACGACAAGCUGAUCAUCGCCGCGGGGCCAUGGAGCGCCGAGCUUUGCCGCACGCUCGCUAUCCCCCCAGUGCCGGUGGGCACGCUCCCAGGCCACUCGGUGCUCAUCCGCCCGCUCAUGCCGCCCGUGUACAAGGGCAUCCUGCCCGCCGAGGCCAUCCUCGCCGGGCUGGGCGCGACGUCCAACGACCUCGGCCACGGGCCGGGCCACUCGGCGCGCGUCGACCACAGCAAGGUCGACCCGACCGACCCCGCCGCGGAGCCGUACGGCCUGACGAAGAACAUUGAGUUUUACCCCCGCCCCGACAACACAAUCUACGGCGCGGGCGAGAACGCCAUCCCCGCCCCGCGCGGCCUGCGCGAGAUCGACAACAACCGCCUGCCGCCGACCGCGGCCGACGUGCCCAAGCUGCUCGACGCGACGCUCAUCGCGCGCAUGCUCCGUGCGAGUCGUGUCGUCAGCGACUCGCUCGACGUCGAGAAGGGCGCCGAGCUGAUCAAGGCGGACUUCUGCUACCGCCCCGUGUGUGCCGACAAGGUGCCGGUCAUCGGCCGCUGGGCCAAGGACAUCUACGUCAGCGCGGGCCACGGACCAUGGGGCAUCACGCUCGCGCCGGGCUCGGGCAUCGUGCUCUCCGAGCUCGUGCUCGCCGACCUUGCUGGCACGCGGGCGCACCUCAGCGCGGACAUUAGCGGGCUCGACCCGCACCGGUUUGACGGGGCCAAGUUGUAGACAGUGGGGAUAUGAAAGGGAUACAGCAGUUCA